AUGUUUGUCCAAACUUUGCGAACUGCGUCGUGGCGUCGCCUCCUGCAUACAAGCCGCAUCGCCCUGGGUGAUGUGCCGGCACGUCCGCCAUCUGGACCUAACCCACUGGACGAGCCUACGCUUGCGAAUGUAAAGCAAAAGUGGAAGCAGGCACGCCUGGCCAAAGACUCGGAGCUGGCCACCCUACUCGGCGGCAUCCUCACAGACCUGCAGUACGCGCAGAAGACCAAGAUGCAGCCAAAUCAAAAGCCGCCUUCCAUUAUCAAGAUGCUCCAAAAGGGUAUCAAAAAGCGCACGGAUGCAGCCAAGGUGUUUCGCCAAGCCAAGCCGGCGCCACGUGUCGACCUGGCCGAGAAGGAGGAACAUGAAGUGCGUAUUCUGCAAGACUUGCUGCCUAAAUAG